AUGGUGUUGCUAACGGACUACAAUUUGCUGAUCGAGUCGAUUUAUUCCCACCGGUCGGAGUGCGUGCUGGCCCACCUCCAGAGCGGAUGCUUCUUCGAGACCGACCUUCGUGGCCUCUUCCGCGGCGACGAGGUGGGCGUAGAUCGCCGUAUCAAGCGUCAUUUAUCUGCGCCCUGCAUAUUUCCGUCGGUUCAAUCCGUGAUUCCGGCCUACGCGCGUACCACCGCGCUGUCUGUCUGCCGGGAUUCCUGCGGGGGGGUAUACCAUGACCUCGAGACAGGAAAAUGCAUCAGCCGCAUAUCGCGCUCGGUGUACUCGAACCGAGUGCCCACUGGAAUCACGGAUCUGGGUGGAACGUGCACGCAUCUGGCAUCCGCGUCGGACAGCAACAGUCCCCUGGUGUUCCUCUCAACCGCCCUGGGUGACAUAAAUGUGAUUGAUUUGCGCGUCGGCGUGAAAGGUGAAUUCGGACACCCGGUGAUGAGCCUGUGCCGCUGCCACUCCGGAGCGAUUUCCUGCAUGUACAACUUCCGCGGGUACAGCUUCAGUCUCGUCUCCGGAGGGUACGAAGAUGGGAAACUCAACUUCUUCGACUUGCGAUUUCCGUACGACCACGUCAAGAGCCCGUACGUGGAGCGCCCUAUGCCGCUGCGGUCGUUCGAGAUGCACCUGAGGAACCAGACGAAGUACGUCGACAUGGACGAGACCGACCAGCAAAUUCUGAAGCACAUGAAGCUGGGGCGCCUGACCAGUAUGGCGGUGAGUCACGACGAGCGGUUGAUAGCACUCGCAAAUGGGCAGUCGGAGGUUGUUAUUUGCUCCGCCCACGAAGAUGUGCGCGUACUGAAGAUGGGUUUCCUGUCCUCCAAGGACGACUACGCGACCUCGGUCAAGUUCGGCCCGCGUGACAUGGAGCUGUAUUGCUCGACGUAUGACCUGCUCGCCGGCAUAGAGCGGUGCAAGCGUUAUUUGCCAGGCGCUGCUGCCGUUGAUUCGGAUGUUCCGUAUCCCUACCCAUAUAACUUUGUCAUGUGGCCCAUGCUGAACUUCAUGAGCAACGAUUGGGUGACAUCGUCGGUGGAGCAGUUCGGGUACCGGGACGAUUUCGAGCUUGUGGAAGACAUGCAUACCAGUGCACUGUUUGGAGCCUCUCCGGGCAUGGUUCCCUCGAGGGGCGACGCCGACGCAAUUGCGCAAGACACGGCUGAACCUAAUACUGAGGAUGCUGCCGAGGGGAAAAUAUCGCGCCGUUCCAGUAUUCGUGAAGAUUACUACACGGAGCUCGUGCCUGAUGAGGAUGAUACGGCCGCAGACAAUGGGUGCGGUUUCAUAUCGCCGAUGGACCGCCUCAACGUGACCAGGGGGCGGGAUGCCGAGACGAAGCACCGGUCAUUCCGCAGCCACCGCCCGGGUGUCCUGCAUCCACUCAUAUUCACUAUAUGUAACGACUACGCGGUGUCUGCAGGCGGCUGCGAGGCCGGCACUGCCACCGUCGACGUCUGGGACCCGCAAAGUCAACAGCUGAUAUGCUCGGCCAGCACUCCAGAGACGCGCAACAUCCGAUUUGAGCACAUCUGCAGCGGAGACGACGGCGUCGUGCUUUUGAGUGGCACAUUCGAGCGUUCCGUUGACAGGAUCCCGUUGACGUCGGAGGAUCACGGGCACAUCAACAAGUGCGUAUGUGUUAUGAAGCCCAUUUCCAGGGAGGCGCUGGCCGCCAGCAGUGUGUCAAACAUUGUCAACUGCUCCGCGAUCUAG